AUGUCCUCGACUCUCUUUGACGACAUCUUCACGAUCCAGGAAGUGGACCAGGGACGGUACAAUAAGGUAUCGCGGAUUGAGGCCAUCUCCACGUCGCAGGACACGUGCAAGCUGACGCUGGAUGUGAACACAGAGCUCUUCCCGCUGCAACCACAACAGCAGCUAACGGUGAUGCUGGCGACGACACUCAACCUCGACGGAACGGAGGACAGCCACGGGUCCUGGCGGCCUCCGGCCCCUGGGGCGCGGUCCCUGGCCGACGACUUCGACUACGUGACGUAUGGGACGGCAUACAAGUUCGAGGAGGCCAACGGGAACAAGGAUAUGCUGGCGGUGUACUACUCAUUCGGGGGGUUGCUGAUGCGGCUGGAGGGCAACUACCGGCUCUUGAGCAACUUCAAGCAGGAGAACGUGUACCUGCUGUGCCGCCGCUGA